GCGAGGGGCGGCAGCUGGGGCCCUGCUGGUGGCACUGGUGGUGCUGGGAGCCCCCCCGGCUGCGGGCGCGGAGCUCUCGGGGGUGUUCCAAAGGAUGACAAAGUCCGAGUGUUACUUCAUUAACGGCACGGAGAAGGUGAGGUACGUCCAGAGAUCCAUCUACAACCGGGAUCAGUUCAUAAUGUUCGACAGCGACGUGGGGCACUUUGUGGGGUUCACCCCCUAUGGGGAGAAGUUGGCCAAGCGCUGGAACAGCAACGCGGUAUUCAUGGAGGACAGACGGACUGCGGUGGACUGGUUCUGCCGGUGCUGGUACAAGAAUUUUACCCCGUUCCUCACGGAGCGCCGAGUGUCCCCCAGCGUGUCCAUCUCGCUGGUGCCCCCCUCGAGCUCCUAG